AUAACCGAGUAAGAUUGUCACUUGUAUCAUGACUCGUCGUACGAGUAGAUUUAUAAAUAACACAUUGAGGUAUUAUAAAAAUUUGCCAUUAUAUUAAAUUAAAUUCGAUCUAAAAUGCUGUAGAAAUCGAUGUUAUUAGGCUACUGUGUUAUGGUGAAAUUGUGUUGUUACAAAUGGAUCUGGAUUCCGUUUAUCGUAAUUUCAGUACUUACGAUAGUGGAAAGUAAAAAACGUCAAAAGAGAGCUUUCAAUUUAUUACAUCAUUAUCAGCAGCAUCUCAUUUCGAACGAAAAUCAGAACGAUUUAACAUCGAAUUCUAUUUUGUACGGUAAGAAGUUAUCCUCAAACGUGAAUGCUACCGAAGAGACGAUGACUACUUUGAUGACUUCGUUUUUCGAUAUAAGACAAUCUGUUAAAGAGAAGACAUUAUUAGAUCUUGAAAAACCUAAGCUUUUCGACGACAUCGAUAAGCAUUCGGAUUUGGAGGAAUCGUCGAACGACACGCACAUUCGAGUAAAAAGAACCGAUUUAAAGUUUGUCAAGUCGGACAAAAAUCAGCCAUUGAUACGUUUGAAAAGUAAUUAUUUCGUAGAUCUAGCCGAUUCUUUUCCACGAAAAUCUUCAAAUGCAGAAUAUCGAUCAUUGAGAAAAAGGUACAUUAAAUUAUCGAAAAGUUCUAAUGAUUAUUACAAUACUUCCAAUUAUCGAAACGUAUCUUCUAAUUCUAAUGGAACAUUUUUCAAUUCGCAAGUUACUGAAACAAAUCGUUACCUCGACAAUUAUAUUACCGAUUCGAUGGCAUCAAAAAUUCAUUGUAACGACGUUGAAAAAAAAGUCGGAACAAUUUUUAAUCUCGAAGCUAAUAUUUCGCAAACUUUGAAGCCAAACGAUUCAAUGUUAAAAAAUAUUGGAGUUUAUAAAAAGAGAUCUAAAAAGAAAAGAAAGUCUAACAAAAAUAAGAUACGUAGAGUUCUUCACGGGAAAAAAAGAAAAUUAGGGAAACACGUUGGUAGGACAGAUAAGAGGAAAGGUAUUUCCUCUAAAGCAAACGGCAAACGUAUCUCGAACUCAUUAAAAACAACGUCCCUUUCGAAAGGCAAGCAACAAAAGAUUCACGCGAUUAGAAAUUUAGAUUUACCUAAAAUUGUCGACGAUUAUCAAGUCGAAUCUAAAAUAAAAAAAAAGGAUUCUAUUGACGAUGGUUCGGAAAUUGAUAUAGUUCGAAGAAGAAAGAUAUCUGAUGAAAGAUCCUCUCGCGAGGGUGAGAACGAACGAACUGAAGAAACAUUGAUAGAGGAAAAGAUAGACGUAUCAUCUGUGAACGAUAAUGUGCGAGAUAAAAGAAGCUUAAAUAAAAGUAAAGGGAUUGUAUUUGAGGAAAGAGAUAUAUCAUUAAGGACUCGAUUAAAAAGAAAUGAAAAUGACAAUUUAACGAUACCGAAAUACCCAAAUGUUCUUGAAUCAACGUCGUCAUCUUUGUCAAUGUUAUCAGAAACUAAUCAGUCACUGUUUGAAAAACCACGUGGCGAUAGAGCAGUGAAAUCCAUCGAGGAGAUCAAAGAACUCGCGGAGAAGCUGGUUACCAAAGUGAACGAGUUACAAAGUUAUCUGAGCUAUGAAAACGAAAGAGAAAAUAAAGGAGAGAAGAUUAUGAAGAUGAAGAAGAAGAAGCUGGAAUCACGUGAGAUCGAAGUUCCUCAUAAUAAUGGCACUAUCGAGGAAGAGGUUGUUUUGGAAACACCAAAAUUAGUGGAUGAAUGCGUACGAAUAGGUGAUCUUAGUUCGGCCUUGAAAACUCUAGAUGAUAGAAACGCUAGUUUCGAUAAGGUUACGAAAAAGGAAGAAUCAGGAACUGAAAGGAUUAAUUUAUUAAACGAUCGAACGGAUUCGUUGACGAAGAGAAUGAUUCGUAAAAAUCGAAUUAAACGAAAAUCGCGUCGUAAAUGGGGCAGAUGGACGGGUUGGAGCAGUUGUAGCGUCAGUUGCGGUAAAGGUCGACAGAUCAGAUGGAGACAUUGUUUACGCGAUUGUAGUACAGUUGAAACUGAAAUGGAAGAAAAGGCAUGCCAAAUGCCGGCCUGUCCACCUGGAAAAUUUCUCGGGAUAUUUUAGAUUUUUUUUCAAAAUGAUUGUCACAGUGAUUCGUUCUUCUAAUCGUCGUUCCUCCAUAACGAGUGUUUUAUAUAUCUUUAGAUCGUUUUAAGGGAUCGUUGUAUAUGGUAAGCAAUAAAGUUUGUAUUUUAUUAUUCGAAAAAUAGAGUAUUAUAAAAAAAAAAAAAGAAAAGAAAAAAUGGAAAGCUGUAACAGCGGGUGAUAAGAGUUAAGUUAUUGUCUUAUGAUUGUGUAACAAAUCGCUUCAAGUAUAUUUCUUUGUCUUAUUAUGAAAUACACACACAAUAUAUUAUACAGAAUAUUUUAAACAAUACCAUUCUCCUUUUCUCACAAAUAUUCACAAUUAACGACUGUAUUCGUUGCAUACAGGAUAAUUACUGUAGCUUAUAAUCGUUUUUCGCCUUCGUGAAACCAAUGAUACGUGAACGUUUGAUUUUCUUCCAUAGUAGAUGUAAAAUAUUUUUUGGGCAUUGCAAGUUCGAUUUAAAUCAUCUAAUAUAUCCAGUAAAACUAUCGACGUCCGCAUAUCCAACUUCGUAACACUAUACAAUUUGUUUUAAAUUAAAAAUUUCAGUUAUUUCAUCCUAAGCCCGCUAUCCGUUUCGUACUUCCUUAAAAUAUUCGUAUCGUACACUAUUUAUACACUAUCCAACAAUUUAAUCGUCCGUGACUUAUGAACUAUUCUUAUCGUGGUAUCGGUUUUAAAAGUUGGCCUUAGACAAAAAUUACUGUUCCGCGCAAGAAUUUUCUAUUCCCCAAAAAUUUUGGCGCAGUGCGAGGAUUUCCAAAAAUUCUCGUGGACACAUUUGACAUCUUUCUAAUCUAAACGUUUCUAUACAAACUCGUAACGUAUAUAUGAAAUAUAUCGCGCAGCGACGAAUAGUUUAUUACUGAAUUGUUCGCUCGUAUAUUAUUCGGCGUAUCUUCGCGGUAAAGUCACGCGAUUACGGCUUAUUUAGAACAUUGUACGUUAGAAAGAUUUAUCGUCGGUAGCGCGAAUAUUUUCUUUUUUUCCCUUUUUUUUUCUUUUUUUUGGUUUCCCGACGUAGGCGUUUCUCUUCGAUAACGUGUAAAAUUUUCAAAUAAAUCGGGGACGUAUUCGCGCUCAUGGAUAUAAAACUUCCUUUGCAAAGUUCUUUCCCAAGCAAAACAAAAGGGGGAGGGGGGAAAAGGGGUGCGGAAAAGAUGUAUUAAAAAGUUGCUUCGAAGCGAUCAAUUAAAACAAAGAAUAGAAUAACAUAAAAUAAAAUAUGACCAUGAGUGUAUUUCACUCGUAGUUCUACCUAAGAUUCGCACAACCAAAGGUAUAUACCUUUUAGCAAAAAAACUAUAAAAAGUCUUGACGGCGUGCUAUCUUUCAGUUAUUAAUAUUUGCCUUAUCCGAGUGGCCACUUACACGUAAAAAAUGAUCACAAUAUUUAACGCAUGCAUUCUCGCGCGCUCUACACACAUUCAUCACAAAUUGUUUCUUCAUUCAUACGUUUCCUUUAAUUCUCUCCUCAGUGGCAUACUACACGGUUCUCAGAUUGCGGACAGCGUGACAACCCAUAUGUCUUUUUUUUCCAUUAUGUUUUUCUUCGUUGAAUCAUAAAUACUUGUAACAUUUCGACUAUUCAAUUUAUCUUCAAUUUAUACUUCAAGUUCUCCUGUCGUAAUAAUUCCUAUGAUCGAAGGAUAUUGCGUGGAAGAACCGAUGCACGUGCAAUCAACGGUGUGACAUAAAAGUUUUGUUUUUAUCCUCGAUAUAAUGAAAAGGAUAUCUAUCCACAGAGAUCAUAAAAUAUUAAAAUACUAUAUUUCUAGCCUGUUCCGUUUGUACAUCCGACACGAGAUGCUCUUCUCUUCCCGCCAAGAUUCUGACGUCUCGAUCGAUAUCUAAGCGCAUUUGCUUAAGUCUUCUCUCUACGUUUUCUGCAUGAUCGUAACCUAACCAGUCUACUAAAAAAAUGAACAAAGUAAAAAAUUAAAAUAAUUUUAAUACAUGUAAUUAUAUAAUAAAUUAUGAUAUAUACAUAUAUAUAUAUAUAUACAUACACAUAUAUAUAUACAUACACAUAUAUAUAUUUUCGUUAUGUGUCAGAUUAUAAUGCAAUACGAUAUACACUUACUACCCAUAGCAAUUACAUUCUGCGAUAAUGUCCUAGCUACGGCCAGUCUUACGUUUGGAACUUUAUCCCAAGAAAGAUUUAGUAGACUCGGUAACAUUUCCUUGGCGAAUUUCUCUCCGCUAAUCGCAUUGCCAGCAAUCAGUUGUGCGCAGAGAAGAGCGUAGGUUUGCCUACGAACCCACUUACUUGUAUUAAUCGCAAUUGUAUCUCUGAGUUCCUGUAUAAGUGCCGUGGCAAGAGGUUCAUCGUUAGAAAG